GAAGAAAGGAAGGAGGCAACUCAACAGGGCAAGAAACAAGCAAGCAAACAAAAAGUUACACUGAACAAACAAGAAAGCGUUCUUUUUUUGAUUAUUUCUUCCUUGGUGAAAAAAAUAUUACAUUACCUACAUACCUGACUAAUUUUUGUUUGUUUAUUGUUAUCUUUAUUGCAUCUUUUAUGAUAAUCUAAUCACAUGUAAAUAAAAAUGCCUAAAAACAUAACAAGUGAAGUGCGUGAUAUAAUAUUACGAGUUAAAGAAUUUAUGGACGAAGAAAAACGUAUGCAAGUUCCAAUAAUUCCCCUCAGCAAAGUAUAUGUUCGUGUAUCUGCAGCUACAGGUGUCUCCGAGAGAACAGUACUGAACAUAGUUAAGGAAGCUCGUCUCGUUGAACAAGGUCUUCUCGAUCCUGAAACACUGAAGAAAGGCCCCAAGAAAAGGGUAAGAACCAAAGGCAAAAUAGAAGUAGAUGAGUAUGACCUGCAGGUUAUCAGACGAAAAAUACACGAGUUCUAUGCAUUUAAGAAAGAAGUGCCUACAAUUAACAAGCUGCUUCAAAUCCUAAAGGAGGAGAUUAAUUUCAAAGGCUCCAGGGAGACACUGCGCAAGAUUUUAAGGAAAAAUGGAUUUCAAUUUAGGAAAACUAAGAAUAAUAAAGAAAAAGAAGCAGUGCCCGAAGCGGCGCCCGCUGUGCCUCCCAUGGUGGCGCCCUACAUACACUCAAUGUUUAGUCACAAGAACAUUCAGUCCUAGGAAACGUUCUGUAUUAUAUAGUAAAGUAAAAUAAUAGUUUUAUGUUUUAGAUCUGACUGUUAUAUUACUGAACAAACAUUGAAUGAAUAAAAACACUCGACCAUACCAAAAUGGCGAUUGUGUUGCUUUUUGAAAAAUAUGCCUUGAUCUUACAUGGCAUUGAAGGCAUCCAUAAUUAGAAUUAACAGCCUCACUGAAUGGUUGACAUGCUCGAGUACAAACACAAAAUACCCUCGUGGGCUUCCCUAUACUAGGAGACUGCAGUGUAUGCCGAGAUCCGAGAAUUAUAUAUAUUAAGUAUGUAGAUUUCUCCUUAUUAUAAAGUUUCUCAUUGUUUCCUUGCUAUAAGUUAUGUAUUUCCAAUAUAAUUUUCUGUAGGAGAAUGUGUAGUGGAAAAAAUCCAGAUUGAAUAGAAAGAAAAAUAUAUUAGAAUCAUCGGCUUAAUAAUAGUCAUAUUAGAUACAAAUAGAACGUAUUUGUAAUAAUUUUGUACAAUGUCUGUAUUUAUGAGAGAUGAUUGGUGGGAAUCUGGUGACCUGUGCCACAGGAUUUUUAAAGUUAUGUGAGGCACCAGCUUUUCAUAAAAAAAUAUUUUGAUAUACAUAGAUUUAAGCAUUGUUGAUUGUGUUUAUUGUGCUUUUUGUAUUAGAGGAAAUAGGCCAUCACACUAAAUAAUUAUCAAAUAUUUUUUAAGAACCUAAAGGUCUGGUUUUUUCCUGUAGGUAGUUUAAAUCAACCAUAUAUGUUUAUAUCAAAACUAGAGAAUGACAGGAAUUAAAACUUCGAGUAAUUGACACAAUGUCUAUCAAUUUGUUAUAAAUUGUGUUAUAGCUAUCAUUAUGAUACAUCAAUAUAUACAGUAAAUAUAUGUAUGUAGUUGCACAUGUUUCAGUUACUCCUCUGUUCUAUAUUUAAACUCUUAAUAAUGCCAGUUAGUCUAUUUUUUAUCAAUUUCUGGUUUUGACAUAAAUAAUAAUUGUUGAUUUAAUGUAUACGUACAAUAAUAUAGAUUAUACAAAGUUAUAUGAAUCGGUGAAUUUUCGAGCAUUCGCCGUUAUUACAGUUUAUAAAAUAAUGAACCAUUCUAAAAAAAAAACUAAUAUUGAUUAAAUUUUGCACUAUCCUAUGCACAGAUAAAAUUCAGUGGACAAUCAAUGGAAAUUUACAAAAUGCUUGAAUAUCUUUCUGCUGAAACUAAUAACAUUACCUACGUUAGGAAAAGUAUCUGAAUUUUCUGUACAGUCAAUAAACUUUGAAAAUUGAAAUUCUUUUCAACUACGUUUCGCCGGGAAUUUAUUGUUUCAAAGUUCUGAUUUUGUCUUUCAUUAUGUAAUGUAAUAAACAUUACAUAAUGAAAGACAAAACCUUUCAGCAGAAAAAUAUUCAAGCACUUUGAAAAUUUUCAACGGUUGCCCAUUACGGCGGUAAAAUUAUAUUUGCCCUUGUUGACUUGACACCAGCCCAAAUAAUAGGUUUAAAAGGGCGCGCGCGGGCAAAUAGUCAUUAAUUUACCCGUCUGUAAAUUACGAAAAUUGAGUCAUUUCUUAUUUUGUUCGUUUGGAUUUGUUGAGCAUUCUCCUUUAUUGGUAUUGUCAUUAAGGGCACUAUAUGCCAGCAUUAUGGUAAUUGAUCAAUGUUGUAAAUUAUUUAAUAUUUUACUAUUAUAAUAAUAAAUCUUGUGUGAUCAGAAUCUGGUACAAUAUGCACCGCAAAAAAUUAGACCUAACCUAACGUAUAGUAGGUAGGUCAAGAAAUUGAAGAAAACAAAUGAGGGCGCUAUCUUGUUUUGGCUGGCAACAUUUGGUAUUGCAAUGGCAAAAUAGUGUAGUGCGUUAAAAAUUAAAUUCGUUUUCUUCAUUUUCUGUCUCAGACAUCCGGUUAAAUCAUAGGGGUUAGUGCGAGUUUGCAUUUUACUUCUCAUCAUCGAAUCGAUUGUUGUUGCGUCACAAUGGCGCAAUGUGAUUGGUUCGCUGCGUUGUUGAAUGGAAUACAGACGACUUUGUAUUUUUUGGUUUGGGUAACCAUGAUACGUUGCUGUAUUAUUCAUUGCGGUAAAUAAAAACAUGCAUUUGCGUCGGCAAGAGUUCGGCGAUGGUGUGUAGCCGAUAUAAAAUGAUUUGCAAAACGUUCUGGUUCACGUCACGCUCACGAGUCGAUUCGCCGUUGGCGGCGCUUUUUCGAGACCUGCACACCAGCGCCCCUGGCGGCAAAUUUACUCACGUUAGCCCAGGCUUCACGAAGCGCGCGCUAGCACCACCUUCACACUUUUAUCGAUUUAUACAAAAGUAUAUUAUACAUAAUUAUACCUACUCCAUAAUGGAUCUUAUUAGAAGCUAUUAUAAUUUUCUAUUUAGAUAUCCGUAUAUUUUUACGAAACCGGAAAUGGCUGUGGAUAUUAAAACCCGUGAGAUUAAUUGUGAUUACAUUGAAUAUGGGAAUGUGUAAUAUUUUCUAAUAAAAUCUUUUAUGUAGCAUCUGUCUGUAUAGAUUAUUUUGUAGUUUUUGUUAAUAAUAAAAAGAAUUUAUAAAAAUGCGAGGGUAGUUCAAGUGCGCGGGUUUCUGACGUCGCAUGAACGGUUCCGUGGCGAAGAGACUGAUCGACUAGAUCGAACUAUGUUUAUUUGUUAGUUUAAUAUUUAAGCGUUCAUCAAAACUGACCGACGCACCUAAGAGCCAUGCCCCAUUGCUCAGUCGCGCUCCGUUGCUUUGACGUCUUUAGACAGACAAAGAGGGGUUCGUGUGCGACGCAGCGAACCAAUCACAUUGCAGUGGUUGUAGUUGCUUCACAACGGCGCAAUGUGAUUGGUUCGCUGCGUCUCACUUCGAAUCGAUUCGGUGGUGAGAAGUGAAAUGCAAACCCGCACUUCGCCCACAAGAAUUGUAUGGAGUUUCGACGUACGUAGCACGUCCGUCUCAAAACCUAUAGAAAACAACGGAGCAGUGUGGCGUGGCUCUAAAGCUGAGGACACAAUCAACAUCACAUUCUCCAUGUCUUAAAUUUUACUUUAGAACAUAUACUUAUUGUUUCGCAAAUUUAAAUUAUAAUUAUAACAUAGUGUGAAUAAUUUAUAGAAACAACAUACCUAAUUAAAUAAAAUCUCUAAAAAUA